AGCCAUGUUUGAAGUUAAUAUGAAAGAACGGGAUGAUGGCAAUGUUACUAUUAGUAACCUAUCACCUAAGGCAGUGAAAGCGUUUCUAGAUUACGCUUACACGGGAAAAACAGAGAUAACCAAUGAUAAUGUGGAAAUGCUCUUCCAACUGUCGUCAUUCCUUCAAGUUUCACUCCUUUCCAAAGCUUGCAGUGACUUCCUAAUAAAAAGUAUUGAUCUUGUGAAUUGCUUACAGUUGCUUUCUCUCUCAGAAAGUUAUGGGUCUGUCCGCUUGUUUGACCAUGCGCUAGAUUUUGUACAGCACCACUUUUCAUUGCUGCUCAGAUCGAGUGAUUUCUUGGAGAUGAAUUUUGAGAUACUACAAAAAUGUCUCGAGGCUGAUGAACUAAAUGUCCCUGAGGAAGAAUCAGUGUUGAAAGCUGUCCUCCAAUGGACCAAACACAACUUAGAAACACGGCAGAAAUACCUACCUAAUUUGAUUAAAAAAGUGAGAUUACACCAGUUACCUGAAAAGACUUUGCAGGAUUUUCUGCAUUCUGAAGAACACUUACUUAAGAGUGCUAAUUGCUCAGUAAUAAUCAAUGAUGCAGUUAAAAGUGUGCAGAAUUUCAGUGGAUUGUUUCCAGAUGCACGUCCUUCUACAACAGAAAAAUACAUAUUUGUUCAUAAAACUGAUGAAGAUGGAGAAAACAGACAUACAUUCUGCUACAACAUCAAAACAGAUAAAUGGAAAGAACUACCACAUACGCACAUGAUUGAUCUGCCAGGGUCAAGUUUGUCUAGCUAUGGAGAAAAAAUAUUUAUAACUGGAGGGUGCAAAGGGAAUUGUUAUAGAACUGUCCGGCUUCAUAUUGCUGAACCAUUUCAUGAUGCCACUGACCAAACCUGGUGCUACUGUCCAGUCAGCAAUGAAUUCUCCAUAGUGUCAGCUAUGAAGAAACCAAGGACAAUGCACACAUCUGUUGUAACCUUAAAUCAGCUCUUUGUAAUAGGUGGAAAGACCAGAGGAGCUCAGGAAACACGGAGUCUUUUGGAUGUAGAAUCCUAUAAUCCUCUUUCCAAAGACUGGAAAUCUGUAAGCCAGUUACCAAGAGGUAUCUACUAUCCAGAAGCAAGUGCAUGCCAGAAUAUAAUUUAUGUCCUUGGCUCAGAAGUAGAGAUUACUGAUGCCUUUAAUCCAUCUCUUGACUGUUUCUUUAAGUAUAAUGCUAUGACUGAUCAGUGGUCUGAGCUUGUAGCAGAAUUUGGGCAGUUUUUCCAUGCAACUCUAAUCAAAGCUGUUCCAGUGAACUGUACAUUGUACAUAUGCGAUCUUUCCACCUACAAGGUCUACAGUUUUUGCCCAGAAACCUGUGUUUGGAAAGGAGAAGGAUCUUUUGAAUGCGCUGGCUUUAAUGCAGGGGCAGUUGGGACUGAAGACAAAAUUUAUAUACUGGGUGGUGAUUAUGCUCCAGAAGAAAUCACAGAUGAAGUUCAAGUCUACCACAGUAGUAGGUCUGAGUGGGAAGAAGUUUCACCAAUGCCAAGAGCCUUAACUGAGUUUUACUGUCAGGUCAUUCAGUUUAAUAAAUAUAGGGACCCCUGGUCACCUGUGCUGACGAUUUGCUCUGGAGAAUUCUGA